AUGGACCCCGUGCGCGUGUUGCAGAAGGUGUCCUACUUCCGCCUCAAUAAGAUCACAGGCAUGUACGAGGUUUCAGCAUCAGACAUGCCCGGCGCUGAGAAGAAAGACUUUAUGGAUAUUCCCAACGAUAAGCUGACGGUUCCCUAUGUCACUGUGAGUAGCCUGUUGCGUGCCAAGGCAGCCGUGAAGUCGAGCGUCUCCCAAGCUGACAAGUCGCGCAUAGCGAAGUUCACAGCGGAGUUCGGCUCCACCUGA